GUGACAGCUAACGCGUCGCUGGCCAACCAGCCUCUCUUGGCAACGCUGGCUCGUAUGCAUUGAAAAGUACAGCGACUCGUUCGAGCUCGGCGAAACAGAAAUUAGUCGUGUUUUUUGCGUUAUUCCGUGUCGAAACCGGUGAUAAUCGAAAGUAUUGGGUGUGCCACGACAGAAAACGGUGAAAAAUUUCCGGUGAACGUUAAUCUUCGUAGUGAUAAUUGUAGAAAGAUUCAGCCAUUCGGCCGCUGCUGGACAUCUUUCUUCGCUGUGUGUGAAAUAUUCCGUGCAAAGAGCAGCGUUCCGAACGCACCCGCUCUUGGUUGGUGUGACAAGGACCGCAAACGGUAUACGCCGUCAAGGGAGAGAAAGAUAGAAGCGCGGGCUAAAGAGAAGAAAUAAAAGCUAUAUAGCGUUAAAACGGUGGAAAAAUGGAUGCGGAAUCAAGCUUAGCGGAGAAGGUCGAAGUCGCUCCAAACAAUGGUUCCAGUGUCGGCGAACCAGCGGAUCCGGUCGCACUCAAGGAGAAGGUAGCCGAUGACUUGAAGUCUGCCGCCACACUCAAAGGUGGUGGAGAUGGCCCAACGCUGGAUGUUCCUCUGGAAAAAGACGACCUGCUGGAGCGAUUGGACAAGAUAGAUACCUCGGCUACGGACGGUACAUCCAAGGCUGGCGCAAACAACUCGGUAGCUAACGAUGUAGAUAUGGAAAAUGACGAUCUAAUUCAGCGGCUGGAAGCAAUGGAGAAGGGCGAAGAGGAGGAAGAAAAAGUGACGACUGCAACGUCUACGGCUGUCAACGAGGAACUAAAAGAUGUCACAACUGAUGCAAGUCAUCAGAAUGGGUUGGAGGAAUCACCCAAAGCAGCGGAGUCCUUACUGGAGAAGGAAGAUGAGCCGAAGAACGAAGAACAACCGACGAAAAAGGAUGUUGAGCUGGAGAAAAAAGAACAACCGGCGAAUAAAGAUGAUGAGCUGAAGAACGAGGAGCAACCGACGAAAAAGGAUGUUGAGUUGGAGAAAACAGAACAACCGACGAAUAAAGAUGAUGAGCUGAAGAAUGAGGAGCAACCGACAAAAACGGAUGUUGAGUUGGAGAAAGAAGAGCUACCAACGAAUAAGAAUGAUGAGCUGAAGAACGAAGGGCAACCGACGAAAAAGGAUGAUGAGCUGGAGGACGAAGGGCAACCGACAAAAAAGGAUGAUGAGCUAGAGAGAGAAGAUCAACUGACCAAUAAAGAUAAUGAGCUGGAGAAAGAAGAGCAACUGAUGCAGAAGGAUAAUGAAGUCGAGGAUAUGGAUGUGGACUCUGAAGAGAAAAAAGACGAUGUAACAUCGUCGGUUUCCACAGCAGCGUCCGAAUCCACACUAAAUGGUGAAUCGAGUUUUGGUACCGAGGAACAUCCAACUAGUUCCGUAAAACGACGUCAUUCCGAAGAUGAAGAAAUGGAAAAUCCUGAACCAUCAAGUAAAAAACUUCACGUUGAAGAGACUGACGAUAGUUUUACUGAAAAGCUUACAUCGGACGAGAUCACCCAAACAGAAGUAAAGAUUGACGAACAGAAACAAUCUGAGCCAAUUAAUGAAUUAGAAAUAAAGGACAAUCCACCUGUAGCAGAGAAAGAAGAGUCUUCAACAAUCGAUGACGCCAAAAUUGAGAAUGUUCCCGAAAACAAUGAAAUGGAAGUGGAACCAUCCAACUCUGAUUUUGUGCCGAAUAACGAAUCAAAGGAGGCGAGUGUAGAAGAAAAUUUUCCAUCGGAAGACUCAGCACCUCCGCCAGAGCCGGAUCCGUCACCGGAACCAUCAUCUACGUCUGAAAAGCUGGAUGUCACUGCAAAAAUUGAACCCGAAAAAGAUAAACCGGAAACUGAUGGAAAAAUAACAACGAUGGAAGUUGAUAAUAAAACAGCAGAAACCCCUCAAGCUGGUAAAGAGAAGCAAGUUGAACCGGAAGAGGAUGAUAAUUCAACAAAAGUCAUUGAGAGUUCAAAUACUGAAACAGAGGCGGUUGUCAGAAGUCAGAAGCAACCGGAAGAAAAAUCAACACUGGUUGAGGAGGAACCACAGCCAGAUAAAAAACCAACACUGGUUGAGGAGGUACCACAACCGGAAGAUAAUACAACAAUUGUUAACAAAAAAUCAGAACCAGAAGAAAAUACAACACUUGAUGAUAAGAAGCCCGAGCCAGAAAAAAGGACAAAUCAUGUUUCUGAAGCAGAACAAGCAGAACAAAACACAAACAGUGAACUAGAUGGGAAAUCGGAAGAAAUCGCAACUGGAGAGCACCCGGAAACUCCACAAAAAGAAGACAAUGAGGAACAUGGAAAACCGAUAGUACAAACUGAAACUGUUUCGGAAGAGAGCAUUGUCGAAACAGAAGAUAAAACAACUGAAAGUUUGACCAGCACUAACGAUCAAAAGGUUGAGAAUAUUACGGAAGAGAAUAUUGUUGAUAGCAAAGAUAUCAUCGUGUCGGAUAUAGCAAUUGAUUCGUCAGAUUCUAAAGAAAAGGAACCAGCAAAAAAUGAUGACUCAGUUGUUGAAACGAAAGCAACAGCAGACGAACAACAGGCGGAAUCAUCUUCGCAAGGAGAUGUGGAAAAUGUUCGGGAACCUCCAAAUACUGAUGUUACUAAGCAGGCCGAGAAAAUCGAGUCUGAAUUCGUAAAUCAAGAUCCUGAAAUAAUCAACGAUGAAGAGUCCUCCUUGGAUUCGAAAACGGAGAAAUCAACCACAAUGGAAGUUGAUGAAGUAAACAGUCCUACAUCAGAGCCUAAUAAUGAUAAUGCUCCGAAAUCUAUGCAAGAUGAUGAUGCAAAACCAGCACCAUCUACCGAUGAAGUAGAACCAAAUACGGAGUCUCUUCCCGAUACAGAUCCUAACACCGAGUCGGAGUCGCAAAUGAAGGAUCUACCACCGAAUUCGUCGUCUGUUUCAACGCCAAAAGCUGACGAAGGGAUUAGCUCUUCUACCGAAUCAAAGGACGAGAAAGUUGAUGCUAGCUCAACCAUUGAGACCACCGUUUCGGAAGAGAAACAAGAAGAGAAAGUUUCUGAGGGUGAAACUGUUACCAGUUCUGACGAGAAACCUCCAGUGACGCCUGGCACAACACCAGAGAUUGAUUCCAUGCAGGAAUCGAAUACUCAUAGCAGGACGACAGACGAUACUGUCGAAGAAGCAAUGGAGGUGGACAGUGAAUCGAUUGAGGUUGCAGAAGCGAGUUGUACUAAACAAGUGGCAUAUGUAUGCACCGAUGAGCCGAAGGACCAGACAUCAACUAAGAAUGAAGCUCAACAAUCGGAGGCACUCAUCGUUGAGGAGUCUCCUCCCGCUCCAGUGGUUGAGGAGCAUGCUGAAAAAAUGGAAGUAGAUUCAGCGGGACCGACGCAGAGUAAAUCGGGCGUUGAUGCAAUAGCCACUGCAAGCACCGCCCCAGUGGAAUCGGAACAAUCAGAAUCAAGUGUAAAUGUUGCCAACAUUGCCGAUAGUCAAAGCGAAUCCACAGCUUCAGCGCAUAAUAAAAAUUUAGACGCCACAGAAGGACCAGCAGAUGAAGCCAAUCAAAUAAGCUUGUCCAAGACUUUAGAUGACAGUAUUGAAUGUUCGCUACCGACUUCCAGCUCUGAUAAGCUUGCCGACCGAUUGAAACAGCGGCUGGAUAUGAUGUCCAACGGAAGCAGCACUCCGCACGCUACCGUUAGCUCUAGCAAUGUUUUUAACUCCACACCGAUCCAGAAACAGUUUGAGAUCAGCUCGGAAAAUGUUAGCAAAAUUACGCGCAAUUCAGUGGACAACAGUCGGCAGGAUGAAGAAGAGCACAGUGCGAUUGUGAACGAUAAUUCGAUUGUUGACGAUAAGGAGGGAGCAGUUGCUUCUACAUCCGGCACUGCGGUGACUCCUAAGGAAAUUCAUAGCGACGCGAUAGAAACGAGUGAAAAGUCCAGCAGUGCUGUAGUCAAGAGCGAAAACAGUACGAAGUCAGAAACGGAAACAUCAGAAGUUGAUUCCUGCACAGCGUCUUCCGGAUUCAACACUGCCGAUGAAAUCAAUUUGUACACAAACAAUGCUCGAAAAUUCAAUGGCAUCUCUUCAACUUCUGGUUCUGAAUUGGAAGUGAAAUCGAAAAUUAUUCCUUCAAGUAUCACUUCAACUGCCGCCUCGGCAAUAGUGGUGGAUAAACUGGAUCUCACACCGGCUCUCACAGCUGAAGAAGCGCUGUACGAAGUAAGUGUUUGGUUUGACGGUAGCGAUCUGCAGUUCCUGUCUGUGGAAAGGACGGAACACAAACUACCUGACGCGACGUCUCUGAACACACCGAAGAUGCCAGCUUCCCAUCAGGAUAUGAUCGCCGGAGUCGACACCCCGAACAAAUCUUCCAGUGGAAGUGUAUCAAGUAUAGGCCCAUUUUCGCUCCCGCUCGCAAAACCUACCACCGAUUCGGCGUUGUCCCAUUCUAGCACAAGCUCAUCCGGCACAACGUCACAAAUGAAGACCCAGUUGCCCAGAAUGAAGCAAACCGUGCGAGGAGCAAAAGCACUAGCCAGUUUAAUGAUUGAAGAGUUUACCAAGAUCAAACGUGCGUUAUGUAAAGAUGAUGAACUGCAUGAUCUCGAACCUGUAGAAUCGACACCAAGAAAAGCUUCCAAAUCAAGACCAGCAGCUUCCUCCACCAAGAAAGGCACCAGUGGACGAGGUCAAAAACGAACGCACACCGAUUCAGAGACUACCGAAGGGGAUGAACCAAAGCCAAAAGCGAAACAGGCAAAGAAAAACAUUAAAUCCGCCGUCGAACCUACCACACCUACAACAAGUACUCCCAGGGUGGCAGAGUCGGAAUCGACACCCGAUCUUGCCAAACAGCACGAGGAGGCGUACUGCUGCCUAGCUCGAUGGACCGACCGAAAGUAUUACGCUGGUAAGAUUACGGGAUACAAAGGGGACAACAAAUUCAUGGUGUUAUUCGAGGAUGGAGCCUCGAAAGCACUUUCAAAAGACGUUAUUGUGUUUGGCGAGAAGGAUACCCUUCCAAUCAUUGGCCAUUCUGUCCACGCACUCACCGGUGGAGAUACGUACGAACCGGGUUUCGUAACUGAAAUCAAACGAAAUGAAGCCAACGAGGUCAUCUACGUAGUACAGAUUGGUGACGGAAGCAUCGAGGUGACCGCUUCCGAUAUGUAUCUGAAUGAUGAGCAAGCGAAGGCGAUAAAUAGGGCAUGCAAGGCAACGCAGGAUGUGGCGGACGAAAGGAACAGUUCGAUGCAUUCCCCGCAGAGCAGUGGCAGGUGGGGUGGGAGUGCCUCGAAUACCCCAGUCAUACAAACCCCGGAUGAGAAAAUCACCACAAGCGCAGAGAAGGGUUCGAGGUCCACUAGGAGUAAACGUGGGGCCGACAAACCGCAAACACCCGUCACCCCAGAGGCCGGCUAUUCGGGCGGCGUUGGCAAAAAGGGUCGUCGCGGUCGGAGCAAAACCCAACCAGUACAGGCAUCGGCGAACACCUCAGAAUGCAGUGACAUUUCGGACAUCGUCGAGCAAAAUGUACCCAUUCCGAACAGUCCUGAAUCUGGGAUCGAAUCUGUGGACGGAGUUCAACCGGAACUACAAAAAACUGAGAAAGAAUCGGAAAUAAAAAAGAUGUACCUAGUGGCGAAAUACUUGGGCAACGAACACGAGCUGGAUGAUCUGCUGGGUCCACUACCGUGCUGUAAGACUCUAUUCAAAAAUAAGCAUUUCAUUUUAACGUGCACCAUUCCCCCAAAGGGGAUGACCGUAAGCGCUGAUAUGGAUAAAGGCGACAUGAAGAACAGAUAUGUUCAGUUCAGCACUGUACCGUUUAUUAAGGAUCAUCUUAGGAAACAAAUUGAAGCCGGUGGUGGAAAAGUGUAUCGACAUUUUGAAGACAUUCCAAAAAGCAAGUAUAAGGCUUGUAAACUGAUUGCACCACAUCCUUGUGCCACUGCCAAAUAUGUACAGUGCCUGGCGGUAGAUAUACCGGCUGUAUCCCACGAAUGGAUUAUCGAAUGCUGCAGAACGCUGACAUCUCUCGACGUGAAACCAUUUGCGUUACCUGCCGGCUGGUCUCUGAUUGAGAAUCGCUACAUUCGUUGGAGCUGUGGCCGAGGAGUAGAGCAACGAUCAACUAAAAAUCCUUUCGUAGGUUAUUGUGUGAACAUUGCCAGCAUGAAUAAAGAUUUCACCGAUUUCUGGAGUAAAGUGUGCAAAAUGGCCGGUGGAACAAUUCGAAUUAUCAAAUCAGAGCCGGAUCUCACCCCGAAUCUCAGCGGAUACAUGCUGACGGAUCAGGAAUUUCCCGAGGAAAUAAAAUCGAGAGGCUCCAGCUAUGGACUGCGGAUUGUUUCCACGGUGUGGGUUGUGCAGAGUCUAAUCGUUGGUCGCGUCUGUCCGCCGGAGUGUCAUGAAAAGUUAACACAAAUUUACCAGGAUGAUGAUUACUGAAUCUAUUCCUUAUGCUGUUAUUGGUGCUGAUGCGAUUUAUCGCGUUUUAAUGUGUGUGUACCGUUGUUAGUUCAUAUCAAAUGAUGUUAUUAACUUUGAUAAAUAAAUAUUCAGAACAUCAUUAGCUGAAUAGAAUACACGAUUCAACACACUUAUAGGUUCUAUCAAAUUACUUUUGUUAGUCUGAAUGCUUCAGGUGAGUAAUUUUCUAUUUGUUUCAGUUUAGUCAUGUUCAAAUUGUCUUGGAUUAUUAGGGAUGCUCAUACGUGCAAUAUUUUACACAUUAAAUGUAAUCAAACAGCAAGAAACCCUCGAACUAACCGAUGAACUGUUAAAUUCAGUGAUAUAUCUGAAGCCCACAUUCAAAAGGCUGAAUAAGAACGUACUAACAGAGAAAGCAAAAACUGGUUCAACCGCUUGAGUGCGGUAAUAAUUUUUAUUGACCUUUUGCCCCUCCGGAAGCAAAUCCGCUUGGACAACAAAAAUCCACUACAUAUCAAAAUUUGCCAAGCAAAAAAUGUUAACUUGUCCUUAAUGACGCUCUAAACAAACUAAAUGACCGCGCCUAAAAUUGGCAUUAAAACCACUGACUGUAGUAUCAACUUGAAUAAAUAAAAAAAAGUCAGCGGGAAGAUUUAGAAUUACAUAUUGACAGAAUGGAGAGCGUGGAAUGUCGUAGAACAUAUUGGGGGUACAAAUUGAAAAAAAAAUCUAGAUUCUAUUGCUUAUUGCUCAUCCAUUUUUCAAUGGUUUUUGCAUUCAUCUACCAAUCCAUCAAAAUAUGCCGGAACUCAUCCGCCUUUUUUUGACAUUUGCUCUCAAAAUUUGCUUCGCACUCAAACGGUUAAGAAAAAGCUGAAAUCUAAUUUUAUCCUGAGAAGAGUGAAAAU